AUGGCAAACCACACCGCCAUCCCUCACAACCUCUGGACCGACUAUCCGUUUUAUUAUACCCCCAGACCGUCCGUGCUUCCAGGAGUGUCAGACCAGGCCCUCGCACUUGCCGCGCCUAUAAUCGCCUACUGGGUGGCAUCUUUGGCUUUUCAUGCCCUUGAUAUUUCGGAUUGGCGAUGGCUCGACAAGUAUCGCCUGCAUGAUUCCACAGAGGUUGCGUCGCGCAAUCUAGUUACCCGGACAACCGUGGUCUGGGCCGUUCUGCUGCAGCAAGCGAUCCAAACGGCGUUGGGUAUCUUCUGGAUGUCGGACGAGGGGCACGAAGUGAACCAUGCUGCAGAGAUGCAGCAGGUGGCCGCACUCAUCGCUCGCGUGUCCCCCAUGAUUCUCGGGAAUAGCGUCGCGGAGAGUUGGCUAAAGUCGGAAGCACAUAGGCUUACUUAUUUUAGCUACUGGUGGUUCAUCCCUGCCAUUCAGUUAUUAUGGGCCAUGUGCAUUAUGGACACAUGGCAAUACUUUCUACAUCGCGGAAUGCAUGUCAACAAAUUUCUCUACAAGCACCUCCAUUCUGUACACCAUCGCCUCUAUGUUCCGUACGCCUUUGGGGCUCUUUACAACCACCCCCUCGAGGGGUUCCUUUUGGAUUCCGUCGGUGCCGUGCUUUCAGAGACCCUAUCUUUUAUGACUGUCCGACAAGCCGCAUUCUUUUUUGUGUUCUCGACGUUCAAAACCGUCGAUGAUCAUUGCGGAUACAGCUUGCCCUUCGAUCCACUGCAGUGGAUAAGUGGGAAUACUGCUGAUUACCACGAUAUACAUCACCAGGUCAUCGGCAUCAAGUCCAACUUCUCGCAGCCAUUCUUCGUUCACUGGGAUAUGCUGCUGGGCACACGUAUGACCAGAAAAGAGAUCGAACAACGCCGAGCCAAGACCCGGAAGGCAGAAUGA